AUGGACAUGGGAUGGCCAAUGGCGGAAACCUCGGCGAACUUUGGCCUCUCCUUCCACGGAGAGACGUGGAACGAGACCGCUGCGGAAACGUGGAACGGAACCGCGGAACGGUUCGCCUUCAACGCCACCGGAAACAACGGAUCCUGGCCUCUCGACGGAAACGCAAGAAUCGAGAGAGAUUUCGUCCUCACCGUCGUCACGGCCGCGUCUCUGAGUCUCCUGAUCCUCGUGACGGUCGUCGGGAACGUCUUCGUGAUCGCCGCCAUCUUGCUGGAACGAAAUUUGCAGAGCGUCGCGAAUUACUUGAUCCUGUCCUUGGCCGUCGCCGAUUUGCUGGUCGCCUGCCUCGUCAUGCCCUUGGGAGCCGUGUACGAUGUGUCCCACGAAUGGGCUCUUGGUCCGGAAUUGUGCGACAUGUGGACCAGCAGCGACGUCCUCUGCUGCACGGCGUCCAUCUUGCAUCUCGUGGCCAUCGCCCUGGACAGGUACUGGGCCGUCACCAAUAUCGACUACAUCCACCAGAGAACCGGAAGAAGAAUCGGAGUGAUGAUAGCCGUGGUGUGGCUGGUCGCAUUUCUGGUGUGUAUCGCCCCCCUCCUGGGGUGGAAGGACCCCCACUGGGAAAGAAGAGUGAUUCUAGAAAAGUCCUGCCGUGUCAGCCAGGACAUCGGGUACCAGAUAUUCGCGACCGUGUCCUCCUUCUAUCUGCCGCUCUUCGUCAUCCUCGUCCUGUACUGGAGGAUAUUCCAGACAGCAAGGAAGCGCAUCCGAAGGAGGGUUGGUCAGCCAGGGGGUGCGCCAGCAACAAAGACCAUGGGUUGCCCUAGGCCGAUAGGAACCAGCCACGCUGUCGGCGGAGCUUUGGCGCAAGCCCAAGCUUCCGGCGGAAUCGCCGCAGCGGUCGUCGCCGUCAUCGGGAGGCCUUUACCUACGAUUUCCGAGACGACGACGGCGUUCACCACGGUGAGCUCGACGAACACGUCUCCCGAGAAGACGUCCUACCACAACGGCCUGGACCCGGACCCGCCGACGUUGGAGGCGUCCCCAAGGCCCGCAGCAUCCCGCAGGAAGAAGAUCGCAGCCGACUCGAAGAGAGAGAGGAAGGCCGCGAAAACGUUGGCGAUAAUCACGGGGGCAUUCGUGAUCUGUUGGUUGCCCUUCUUCGUGGUGGCGGUUCUCCUUCCUGCCAGAGAGAUCAACGAGUACGUGGUGGCCUUCUGCCAGUGGCUCGGGUACUUCAACUCCACCCUGAACCCGGCGAUCUACACGGUCUUCUCCCCGGAGUUCCGGAACGCCUUCAAGAAGCUACUCUGCAGACGGCGAAGAAGCGUCGCCAGGAGGAUGGGCGUCCGCCAUUACAUGUAG